AUGAUAAAGCCGAAUAACCGCAUCACCAGACCCCCAAUGGGAGAACAGUUUAGGACGCUCAGACCCUUCCAGAGGCUAUACUGCGAUUUUCUGGGCCCCUACCCCUGCAGUAAAUCGAGGAAUUGCCAACUGUUUAUAGCGGUUGAUCACUUUACGAAAUUUCUAUUCCUUAAGCCCAUGAAGUCUGCCACGUCCAUAGGGGUCAUUGAUUACUUACACAACGAACUUUUUUGCACAUUCGGAAUUCCUCAGUACAUCCAUACUGAUAACGCGAAACAAUUUACGUCAAAGGAAAUGCGGGAGUUCUUCGCAACUUAUGGUAUUCGCCACAUUACAACAGGAUUUUAUUCGCCUCAGGCUAACGCCGCAGAAAGAGCCAAUAGGGAAAUCAUUUCCAAAAUCAGAUACUUCUUACGGGACGAAACUAAUCAUUUGAACUGGGAUAGAGAUAUACCCAGGAUACUCACAGUUCUUCGAAGCGAUGUACAUUCUGGCAUUGGAACCGCACCAUAUCGGGCUGUCUUCGGGCAGAACAUGAUACUUCAUGGGUCGACCUAUGAUGUUUUGGAAAAGCUAGAUAUGCUAAACGAUGACACUAUAGUUGAACAUGCGGACCGCCUACAAGCCAUAAGAGAUAAGAUAUCGCACAACCUUGAUGUGGCACACGAGAAGGCAUCGAAGAUCUAUAAUACCAGGACGCGACACGUGAAUUUCGUGAGUGGUCAAGAGGUGUUUCGAAAAAACCACUCUCAGAGUAACUUCGGAAAGGCCUAA